GUUUUUUGGCUGCGGAUGUUCUUGUUUGGGGCUGUAGAUAUUCUGUGAUAAUGCUCCAUCUCUUCUUCUCUUCUUCUCUUCUUCUCUUCCUCGCCUUUGUGUUGCAUAUGCUUCACAGAGAAGCUACCUUUGCUUGCAUCAUUGGCCAAAACCCAAUCUCUGACACGGGAAGUUCGGCGAUGGCGUCAAUGGAGCCCGAGAUGAUGCGAUGAAGCCCUAACCAGAGCGCGACGCGAGGCCACCUGCUGCGUUUCCAUUUCUCAAUAUUCUUUCUGGAUUCCUUUUUUCAGAAAAAAAAAAUAAAAUCGACUUUUUUAGCCCUGCUAUAAAUAAAAUUAGAUGUCGUGUGCCCCAUUCCUGGCCCCGUGCCUACCCUAUCGUCGCCAUCGUUCGCCGUUCCGAUCUCGCUGUGGCAACUCGCCGCGGAUCGUCCUCGAUCGGUGGAGCCAUGGCGGUAGCCUAGCGACGUCGCCUUCCUGCUCCGUUCUCUCAGGAAUGAACACAGUUUGGGGUGACCUUAAUUUCAGGUUGCAUAGUGUUCAAGGAAGCAGUAUGGCAUCUGGAACUGAUUAUGAUUUCAAACAAGCGCCUGAUCAUCUCCUUGUCCUAGUCCAUGGAAUUAUGGCUAGUCCCAGUGACUGGACAUAUGCGAAGGCUGAGUUAGAAAGACAACUAGGGAGCAACUUUUUAAUAUAUGCAAGUUCAUGCAAUGGUUUCACUAAAACAUUUGAUGGAAUUGAUAGAGCAGGAAAGCGACUAGCAGAGGAGAUCUCAAGUGUGGUACAGAAGACGGGAAGUUUACAAAGGAUCUCUAUAUUGGCUCAUUCCUUGGGUGGUUUAUUCUCAAGAUAUGCAAUCGCUGUUCUUUAUUCUACAGAUAGCUUGCAUAAAGAUCAGGUUGAUGAUUACAGAAAUACAAAUACACAAAUGGAAAAUUCAUUGAAACUAGGCAGUAUUGCUGGGUUGCAACCGAUAAACUUUAUUACCUUGGCAACUCCACAUCUUGGCGUUAGAGGGAAAAAGCAGCUUCCUUUUCUUCUGGGAUUACCACUUCUCGAAAAACUUGCACCGCCAAUAGCUCCCAUACUAGUUGGCCGAACUGGUCAACAGCUGUUUCUUACUGAUGAAAAACCAAACAGACCACCUCUUCUUUUACGAAUGGCAUCUAAGUCUGAUGAUUUGGAGUUCAUAUCUUCCCUGAAUUCAUUUAGGAAUCGAAUUCUUUAUGCCAAUGUCUCAUAUGACCAUAUGGUUGGCUGGCGAACCUCUUCAAUCAGGAGAGAGACAGAGCUUCCUAAGAUUCAGAUGCCACUGUUCUACAUUUUGGCUCUUCGUUUUCAGCCCUCUCUCAAAUCGUUGGACGGUUACAAACACAUUGUAGAUGUUCAAUAUUGUCCCCCGAUUUUAUCUGAAGAUCCUCAUUUUCCUUCAGAAGCAGCGAAAGCGAAGGAAGCUGCCCAAACUUCAUCAAACACACAGACAACCACAGAAUACUAUGAACUGAUAGAAGAGGAGAUGAUACAUGGAUUACAGAGACUGGAGUGGACGAAAGUCGAUGUGAGUUUCCAUUCAGCGACUUGGCCCUUCUUCGCGCAUAACAACAUCCAUGUAAAGAAUGAGUGGUUGUAUAAUGCUGGAGCUGGAGUUAUAGCUCAUGUUGCAGAUAGCCUCAAGCAUCAAGAAUCUCGCACACUCAUUGCAUCAAAUUUAUAGUGUAUGAUUAUUUCAGUUUUUACAUAAUAAUAUUACGCUAAACUAAUCAUAAAAAGUAAAAAAUAAAAAAUAUUGUAUAAUUUUUUUUUUUUACAUUUACACAUGGUGACAACUUAUAAAUUCUUUUAAUAUUAAAAUAUCAGCAAAAAAAAUAUAUUUAUCAUUAA